UAUUGCUGUAACAAAAUACUUCCAAGACCUCAUUUAACACGUUAAUCAUUCCUAGGCAAUGCGGGAAUAGCCUAAACCAGACCUUUCCAAAUCCCCCCUCCCAUCCUAUUUCUACACCGAGUCGACUCGCUGCUUUUGAGACAGACAGCACAGAAUCAGAGUGUGCGCAACAGCACACACCGAGCACAGAAAAUCACCUACAGCAAAACUGUUCACCAGUCAAGGCCCAGGGUCGCCUUUCCCUCGGUACGACUGCCCCCAGAAUAGACUCGCAUGGGCGCUGGCAUCGUGGAGGCAUGGCAGAAGCGGAGUUACAAACCUUUACCUCUAUCAUGGACGCGUUGGUUCGCAUCAGUUCCAACAUGAAGAGUAUGGAACAGGAGCUGCGUUGCCCGGUGUGUGAUGAGAUGGUGAAGCAGCCCAUCCUUCUGCCAUGCCAGCACAGUGUGUGUCUGCUGUGUGCUGCUGAGGUGUUGGUACAAAGAGGUUAUCCUCCUCCAGACCUCCCUCCAGAGCCCAACUCACCGGCUUCCACACCCAACACUCACUCCCCACGACAGGCACGAAAACCUACACCCAGGACCCCUGACCGCCUGGAACGGGUCCUCAGAACAGUGUGCGGGACAUACCCAGGGCGGAGGAGGAAGGACGCGGCCCCUCCCCCCAUGUUGUUCCCGUGUUCUUCCUGUCAGCAGGACGUGGAGCUCGGAGAGAAAGGCCUGACAGACUGCCUCCGCAACCUCACACUGGAACGUAUUGUGGAGAGGUACAGGCACACAGUAAGUCUGGGCAGUGUAGCCAUCAUGUGUGGUUUCUGUAAGCCUCCUCAGUCUCUGGAGGCCACUAAGGGCUGCGCUGACUGCAAGUCCAACUUCUGCAACGAGUGUUUUAAACUCUACCACCCCUGGGGAACUCCUCGAGCUCAGCACGAACACAUUCUACCUACCAACAACUUUCGGCCAAAGGUCCUAACAUGCACAGAGCAUGAGCAGGAGAGACUGCAGUGGUACUGCCGUAACUGCCAGAGGUUACUGUGCCCACUUUGUAAGCUCCGUCGUGUCCACCAUGGACACAAAGUGUUGCCUAUAGCACAGGCCUACCAGGCCCUUAAGGACAAGGUUAACAAGGAAGUCAACUUUAUCCUGGCCAACCAGGAGACAAUACAGAUUCAAAUCACUCAACUGGAAGCUGCCAACAAACAGAUGGAGGCGAACAGCGCAGUGGCUCUGCAUCAGCUGACCCACUGUAUCCGAGAGCUGGGAGCAGCUGUAGCGGAGCGUCAGGGGGCUUUGGCUCUGGCUCUGGAGGGAUCCCGCAGAAGGAGGGAGGAUGCCCUGUCUGCCCAGAUCUCAGAGAGACAAGGCCUGCUGGAGCAUGCAGGCCUGAUGGCCUACACACAGGAGCUGCUCAAGGAGACCGAUCCACCUUGCUUCGUACAGGCUGCCAGAGUCACUCACAGCAGGCUGGUGAAGGCGAUAGAAAACCUCCAGUGUUUCUCUCCCUCUGCCGAUCCCUCUUUCAGACACUUUCACCUAGAUGCAUCCAAAGAGGUCAAGCUCAUCCACAGCUUGGAGUUCAUACGUGCCCCACUGGCUCCAGUCAUUGACACUCAGAAGACACUUGCUUAUGACGAGCUGUUUUUGUGCUGGCGCCUCCCUCAGGACUCUGCCCCAGCUUGGCACUUCUCUGUCGAAUACCAGCGACGAGCAGGAGGGGCUGCAGCCACAUGGGGCGGCACCAGAUCCCCUAAUGCUGCAACAGCAUGGCUGCGUCUGGAUGAAGUGAGAGGGACCAAUGCUGUGAUUGAUCAACUGCAGAUAGACAGUGUGUACGUGCUCAGGGUGAGAGGCUGCAACAAGGCCGGGUUUGGAGAGUACAGUGAAGACGUUUACCUCCACACUCCACCAGCACCUGUGUUGAGUUUCUCCUUGGACUCACGCUGGGGGUUGCACGCUGACAGGCUGGCAUUGGGCAGAGGCCAAACCUACGCCCGCAGUGUGCCAGGCCUCUCCCUCCUGCAGGCCGCCAAUCGCACACUCACUUCCUGCCACUUAACUUCUGACCUGCUGGUGGCCGACUUGUCUGUCACUCAAGGCAGACACUACUGGGCAUGCUCUGUGGAGCCUGGCUCCUACCUGGUAAAGGUGGGAGUAGGGCAGGAGGCUAAGCUACAAGAGUGGUUUCAUCUCCCUCAGGACAUGGCCAGCCCUCGCUGCGACCCAGACAGUGGCCAUGACAGUGGGGCAGAGGAUGGCCAGGACUCUCCUCCCUUCUGCUUCCUCACAAUGGGCAUGGGCAAGAUCCUGCUUCCUCAAGGACAUGGUCACACUCAGAGCCAGGGGGACAGCCAUAGCCAUGGGGGAGUGCACUCCCACGGUAGCAGCCAUAGCAACCUGCCUCACCCUCAUACGGCUCCUCUGCCACCCCGACUGGGAGUGUGUCUGGACUGUGACAAAGGACGUGUCACCUUUUAUGAUGCCCACUCGUUGCGGAUCCUGUGGGAGGGACACAUGGACUGUUCCGCUCCAGUGUGUCCGGCCUUCUGCUUCAUCGGCGGAGGGGCCCUGCAGCUGCAGGACCUUGUAGCCAGUCGAAACAUUGAGGAGCCGCCACCACGGAGGGUAACUAUCCAAACAUGUGCAACAAAUCUCAGCAAAUAAAUUGUGGUGAGACAGGAGUUCAAGGGCACAGUUCACUCGGCAAUCAAAGUUUUUCUCCUGUCUGUAGAGUUAAAGGUGGUUUAUAUUAAAUGUGAGUUGAUAAUGAAUUGCCUUGAUCCUAUGAAACUUUGAUACUUCAUUGAACUGUCACUGCUGGGUUACAUUUUUCCUCUCAAUAUGAUUGUUGAGAACCGAAUAUAAAUAUCUGAUGUUCUUUUGCAUUUGUACUUUUGGCCUGAAUAUUAAAUCUCUUUUUUUGUUUUUGUUGUUGCUUUUUAUCUUUUUUAAUUUUGCAAUACUCAUAUAAAGAUGGCUGAAGUAAUUUUAGACUAUGCAGAAUUCUGAGUAAAACACCUUUAUAACAGAUAAAAUCUGUUUGCAAUGUAAGUAAAAAUCUGCCCUCCUUUUACACUUGUCUUAAUUUGUCCCAGAAUGACUGGAUAACAAAAGUUGCAUGCAAGUGUGACUAGGAUUCAUAAAUUACAUAUAUGCAGAUAACUGACUGUCACUGCGUAAAGCACCUCAGUACGUACUGUAUGUCUAAUUUUAUACUGUAUCUUCUUUUUUUAUGUAGCCUCAACAAGUGUUAACGAUGUGUAUAUAAUUUAGACUUAGAGAAUGUGAAUGUUCUCCAGUUGUUGAAUUCUAACGUUCUGCUGGCUCACGUCAGGAUGACGUGUCUUGGUGUCUAAACAGUCCAAGGUGGUAUUUUAUAUAGUCGCUGUUUUUGCAUUUCAAAAAGAACUUGUGGCAUUUCAGCUGGGUGAACACGCUCACAGUUGCCUCAGUGUUUUCAGAAAAGAUAUUAAAGUGAAAAAAAGGUUCUGCAGAAUAAUGCUGACUUCAUAACAUGUGAAUACAUGGAGAUGCAGAAAUGCAGAUGGCCUACUUGUCCAGUUUUAAAGUGUGAUGUUUGAGUGAUAUUAAUGAUGAGAUGUGACGUUAAAGGAAGUGGAUGGAUGAAGUAGCCUAUGAGAAGAGGUCUAUUUUAUGAACUCUUGUUGACUUUUUUUUAAUAGAUUUUGUUUUUGCUACUGCAACUGACAGUAGCUCGUGUACUUAUUGACUAGGCUGAUUCAAUGUUAUGUUUGGGGAAUGUAAGAGAAUAGUCUUAGUGCAAGAGAUAUUCUAAUAUUUUCAAAUCUGUCUCCGACUGUAUUUUGAUAUAUAAUAUGAUUUUCUGGUGUGUAUGUAUUUGUAUGUGAACUCUGGCUGUGACUUUAAUGCUCUCUGAUUCUGUGUGUGUGUGUGUGUGUGUGUGUGUGUGUGUGUGUGUGUGUGUGUGUGUGUGUGUGUGUGUGUGUGUGUGUGCGUGCGUGCGUGUGUCCUGUCUUUAAUGAUGUGUCUAGACUCUACUUGUGUUACAGCACAGCACUUGAAUGACUUUAGACUGUAGCAUCAGAAUCUCUUCAUUUAGAUUUCGCCUUGGCUGGCAGAAUGUUUCUAUCUUGUCAUGAGAAAAUAAAUGACUGAUAACUGUAA